CCCGAGUCGAAAGUUGGACGAAAGCAGGCAAAGACCGGGCAAAGAGGGUGAUCCAGGGGAGAUUCACAGGUUAUCAUGGGAGUUCACGGUCCCAUAUAGCCAUGAACUGAAGCCCAAAACUGUGAACCGCGAUGCUUCCUGGGAGAAAUAUGUAGUUACUGGCGCGAGACGAGUUCACGGUCAACAAGACCGUGAAGAUUGAGGCAAAACCGUGAACUCUUGAUGGCGAAGUGGUGCGUUUCGACAUCGCGCUCUUUGUUCACGGACGCGUUGAAGAGUUCACGGCCGUGAAUUGAGCCAAUUCUUGGUAUAAAGUGUGAGCUGUAAGGAAGAGAGAGGGGGCCCAAGUGUGAGAAAGUGUCGUCUUCUUCAGAUUUUAUAGAGAGAAAGGACGAACCAAGGAAGAAGGAAGGCUAGGGUUUGCUCCUAGUGGUGAAUUGGUAAGAAUCUCCCCAAGAGAAGAUCAACAAAAUCUUAGAGGAGAUUGGAGGCAUCACCAUGAUGGUUUCUACCUCUUUCUCUUGUGUUCUUCCCCUUUCUAGCAUGGAGUAGUACUCUUUUUCACUUGGGUGAUGUGAAACCCUAACUAUUUGCCAUGUAGUUGUAGUGUUACUUGAAUGAUUGUGUAUGGGUGUUUAAUUUAAUGAUCGAGGUAUUUUCAUGAUGAUUGUGCAUGUGUGUGCUUAGCAAUCUUUUUGGCCAUUCUAACCUAGGUUAGAGGGGAAACCCCCCUUUCUAAAAGAGGCUCAAUUGAGUUGGGAUUCCUUGGGCUUGACAAGCCAUUGGUUUAUGGGAGAAGGUAAGUCAACCCUUAAUUUCCUUAACCAAGAGGGCUACUCUUGUAGGCUAUAAUGUAUCCCUUGGUUUGACAAUUUAGAGUAUGGUCCUCUACCAUAGUUGCACCUUCUAGUGGUUCAUGAUUACCUUGCUCAUAAGGUCCCAUUCGAGUCCGCGUGCCAUGGUAGUAGUUAGGGGAAGCGACACCCGAGUGAUCCUUCUCAUCUAUAACUUUCAAACCAUUUACCUUAUAUUUGUUUUGAUUUAAAUCUCAUAGUUUUCAACCAAAAACAAAUUCGUUAGAUAAUGCUCAAAACAACGGAAGUAGGGGUACACGGGCCGGCCCGUGUUGAUAUUUAAAUAUAUUUUCCCUAUAUUGCAUCGAUCUAAGGUUUAUACUUGGGCCUUAGGUGAGAAUUUACUGUGAUAUUUAGGACGAGUCAAGUUUUUGGCGCCGUUGCCUGGGACCUUCGGUCCGUUAUCUUGAAAAACUUGUUUGGUGUUAAUCUAGCUUUUAAUUUUCAGCUUUGUUUGUUUGAGUGUUUUGAUUGUGCUAGAUGUGGUCUUGUUCUCUAAGUGUGUGCAGGGAAGUGCAUGAUCCGGAGCAAUCUGGCUCCCUUAAUACCACUUGACAAGAACAUCAAACGGACUCUCCGACUCCUAACUCGGGAGAGGGAGUUAGCGGAAGCAAGGAGGAGAAGUGAAGAGAGGGGACAAUAAUUGUGUCCCUGAGUUAGUGGAGAAGAAGUUGAUGGAGAAGUGGAUAUUGGAGUUGAGAUGGCAAAAAAACAAAGAGAAGGAGUCGCCGCCCAAGCUCACAACAAUAAUGAGGAGGCGGCCAAGGAGGAAGCCUUGAGGACAAUGGGGUAUUACAUGGCCCCACGGCCGGCGAACAUUCAGUCUCCUAUCCUACACCAUCCCGUAGCGACUAACAAUUUUGAGAUUAAGUCGACCCUCAUUGACAAUGAUUCAGAACAAUGCUUUGUUCCAUGGGCUCACAAGUGCAUCGCCGAGGGAGCACAUGCGACGAUUACUUGAGCUCGUGGGGAGUAUGAAGAUUAAUGGCGUGCCGACAGAAGCUUUUCAACUAAGGCUUUGCCCUUAAUCACUUGCGGGGAAGUCACUUAGAUGAAUGAACAACCGGCCACCUCGUUCAAUUACCUCGUGGGAUGAUCUUCUCAACAAAUUUAUGACCCGCUAUUGCAAGCCUUCAAAGACGGCCGAGUGGAGAAAGAAGAUCACCCAUUUCGAGCAAGAUGAAGAUGAAACCUUGAGGGAUACUUCGGAGAGAUUCUCUGAUUAUUUUCCUCAAUGCCCUCACCAUGGGUUCAAAGAAUAAUUUUGGAUUGAAACUUUCUACGGAGGGCUCAUACAUGAAGACAAGAUCCUCAUUGAUUCUCUUUGUCAAGGGAGGCCCUCAAAGGUUAGAAGAUAUGGCCCUCAAAGGUUAUGAUUGGGGUUUGACGAGAAGCGGGAAGAGAAGCAAUGAAAGAGGAGUAAGAAGUGUGGGAGCGAGUGCUCCAAUUGAAGCAAAACUUGAUAAGUUGAUUGAAGUGAUCGUUGAGGAUAAGAAACAAGAGAGAGAGCAGUGACAUCUAGUGGCUAGGGUGCAAGUGCGGAAGAAGAGGAAGUGGAGUGUCUUAUGGUGAGUGGGGAACCGGCUCAAUGUGAGCAGCUGUACUCCAUUGCCCCGGCGCAUGCUGACUGGAUGUCAAGCCUGGAGGAGUUAGCGAUGAACUUUGCAGCCUCCAACUUGAAGAAGUUUGAAAGAAUUGACAGGUUCAUAUGAGAGGCGACAAAGAAAUUCUCAACCAUAGAGGCGGGGUUGCAGAGUCACCAAACAAUCUUGACAACCCUUAUCGCAAGUGUGGGGAUUUUCUCACAAGCAGCUCGCUCCCGGAAGCAAGCCGAUGAAAUGGAAGUGGGAGCGGUUACUCUUCGAAGUGGAAGAGAGGCCAGAGAGCUAACCCCAAAGAAGAAAGCACCUGACUCAGAUGAGCAAUAGGGGGCUGCUAGCCCUCCCGAGUAAUAGGAGGUCAUGAGUGAAACAGAAAAGGAGAAGGCAGCUUCAAUCCCCCAGUGCAAAGGAAGGAAAAGGAAGUUCCAACUCUUCCCUAUCCUUCUUGACUCCAAAAUGACCGUAUGGCAAUAGAGUUUGCCCGUUUUAUGGAGUUGAUGAACCAGUUGCAGUUAAACAUCCCCUUCAUGGAGGCCAUCACCCAGAUGCCCAAGUAUGCAAAAUACUUGAAGGACCUCUUUUCCAACAAAAAGAAGCUGGAGGGGAUAGCUACGGUGAGCUUGAAUGAAGAGUGCUCCGCCAUCCUACAGAGCCACCUUCUCACAAAGCGCAAAGAUCUAUGGAGUUUCACUAUCCCUUGUUUUAUUGGCAACAAUCCCUACAGAGCCACCUUCCCAAAAAGAUCAAGAAGUGGAGGCUUUUCCCUCGAUGCCAAAAAUCCCUACCUCAUUGGAGGAACCUCCCGAGUUGGAGCUGGAUCCUCUCCCUCCACAUCUUGAGUACACUUUUCUGAGGGAUGAUGGGAAACUCCCAGUCAUCAUCAACUCAAAUCUUACACCGGAGUAGAAGGCUGAAUUGAUUGCGGUCUUGAAGCGUCAGGAGAGGUAGUGAAGGCGAAACUGAUUAAGCUAUUGGAUGUUGGGAUUAUAUACCCCAUUUCGGAUAGUCAGUGGUUGAGCCCGACUCAGUUGGUUCCUAAUAAAGUAGGAAUGACAGUGGUAGCCAAUGAGAAGGAAGAGCUUAUACCAACAAGAACAGUGACUGGAUGGAGGGUCUGCAUCGACUAUCGAAGGUUGAACGAUGCCACUCAGAAAGAUCACUUCCCUUUGCCCUUCAUCGAUCAAAUCCUCGAAAGUCUUGCUGGACAUGAUUACUAGUUCUUCUUAGACGGGAUGUCAGGAUACUUCCAGAGAUGCAUGGUAGCUAUUUUUUAUAAACUCAUGGGGGAGAUAAUGGAGGUGUUCAUGGACGACUUCUCGGUCGUCGGAGAUUCAUUUCUUCACUCUCUUGCCAACCUGGAGAAGGUCCUUGAGCGAUGCAAAGAAACGAAUCUAGCUUGAGAUGAGAGAAGUCGCAUUGUAUGGUGCGAGAGGGCAUUGUGUUGGGUCACAAAAUCUCCAAUAAAGGAAUUGAAGUGGAUCGAGCCAAGGUUGAAACAAUAAUCAAGAUCCCUCCACCAACCACAAUCAAGGGCAUCAUGAGCUUCCUUGGACAUGUUGGGUUUUACCGUCCGUUCAUCUAGAACUUCUCGAAGAUUGCAUUACCCUUGACCAAGCUUUUGGAGAAGGAUGCCCCCUUCCUUUUCACAAUGGAAUGUUUGGAGGCUUUUAACAUCCUCAAGGCGAAGCUUACAUAUGCCCCCCAUAAUGGUCUCACCCGAUUGGAGUCUUCCUUUCGAGCUCAUGUGUGACACUAGUGACUAUGCAGUGGGAGCGGUGUUGGGCCAAAGGCGGGGUAGGCACUUUCAACCUAUUUGCUAUGCUUCAUAGACGCUGAAUGAUGCUCAAGAGAACUACACAACCACCGAAAAAGAGUUGUUGCCAAUGAUCUUCGCUUUCGAUAAAUUCAGGUCUUACCUGUUCUCUCCAAGGUUAUUGUUUACACCGACCACUCCGCCAUCCGCUUCUUGAUGAGCAAUGCGGACGCCAAGCCUCAACUAAUCUGGUGGAUCCUACUUAUUCAAGAGUUUGAUGCGGAGAUAAUGGAUAAAAAGGGAGCUGAGAACCUUACAGUUGACCACCUUGCGUGACUCGAAGAACCGGGAGGGGGCAUCUCCCAUAGAGAGUGCCACACCGUGGUUUGCCGACUUCGUGAAUUAUCUGGUUGGAGGGAAACUGCCCAAGGGGAUGAAUACACAUGAGAGAAGAAAGUUCUUCUCCGACCUCCGGUUCUACUUAUGGGAUGAUCCUCACCUCUUUCGCAUUGGCGCAGUGAUUCGGGCCCUAAUGUACACAUUUUACCCCUCAUUUCUAAUUUGUUUAGCUUAUUAUUUCAUCCUUCCUCAACAUAUUUCACGCUAGGUUGUGCUUGUUUUGAUACAUUUUAGGUCGUAGCAUGUGCGGAAGGGUCGAGGACGAGUUUUGUGAUAAUUGGAGGUCAAAAAGCGCAAAAACAAAAGAAAAGUCCUAAUUUCAC